GAAAGUUUUCUUGUUGCUUAAGGAUUCCGAACAAACAUAGGUUUAACGAUUGUGUAUAUAUAUGUUUGGUAGCUUCCCUUCCCUAUCGCAUGACUGAUCGCUAGAGAAAAUUUACUCUCUGCAGUCGUUUCUGAUCCAAGCUAAUAAGCUAGGGCUAAUGUCAGACUUUGGUGACUUAUGCUUUUCUACUAUUCCACUGGAUUUAGUUAAACCAGGAGAUGAUUCUGUGCUGUGUAACAAGUUCUGCAUUGUGGUUGAAGCAAGUUUCAUGCCUCCUGUACCUUUUGAUGAAGACGAUCUUCAAGAUGAUGAAUCACAGCAUCUCUACGAUGCGGACUGCGAUUGGGUGAAGAGAGAUUUCCUGGUUGAUCGUGACCAGUUAUUGCAUGACCUAGAAACUUCAAGAUUAACCAUCCGCAAUAUCCUUACUGUUAUGGAUAUCCCCGUUAGGGCUUUCAUGAUAGAUCAGGUAUUGACUUGUGCUCGUCAGAUGGCAAGAAGUGUCCUGCUCUUGGAUCGUAAGGUUUUGUAUAUGAAGGUGAGAGUUGAUGUCCCGCCAAGUUUUGAUGAGUCUUCGGGCGGCGGCAGCGACGACGAAGAUGAUGAUGAUGAUGUCUUAAGCUUUGUGCCUGCCACCGCAUCGUCUAUAGAGAAAUUGGAGAUUGUGAAGGUUGAAUUAGAAGGGUCUGCUAACCAGCCAUGCGCAGUUUGUUUCGACCAACUUUUGGUUGGCUGUGAAGCAACUCGAUUGCCUUGCUCACAUGUCUAUCAUUGCGGGUGCAUACGCAGAUGGUUGGAGAAGAGCAAAUUCUGUCCGCUCUGUAGGUUUGAAGUUUCUUAACUAAUUGAUUAGGUUUUUCUUUUUCUUUUUUUGAGAAUGAUUAGGGUUUAUACACGACGAAUGACCGAUUCGGAAUUUCUUAAGAAACAGUAUAUGCUCAGAUUGUAGCAAGCUGCUGUUUCUCAGUUCUGUUGGGGGCAUGGCUAAUUAGGAAUGCUGAGUGUAUCUUAAAUACUGUUUCUCAGUAUUUCUCAGUUCUGAAUUCAAUGUUCAAUAAAUGUAAA